AUGUACGAACCACAUAUAAAUCAACUAUCAAAUAGUAAUGAAAACCAUGAGCUGGUCGAUGAUGUUAUAUUUGAAGAUGAAACCUCACCAACAGUUAUAUCACAACAUAAUUCAAGACCUACCAUACAUUGGGAUCUUGUUGUUGAAGGUGAUCCAAGUGGUAAAGAACAAAUCAAUACCGACACAGAUCAAUUCGAUGCUUUAUUUGCACGCUCCAAUGCGUCACCAUUGCCUUCACCUCAUCCUCGUUGUUAUAGUUCAUGUUCACCAUCGCCUGCUCCACAAUUAUCACCGUCGAAUACUUCAGCACAUCUUAUUGCCAAAUCGCAACCUCUAUUGCCUUCGUCGCCUUCAUUCAAGCAAAAGCAAUCAUGUGACAUCACAACAGACACAAGUCAUAGACAAUCUACGUCGUCGACAUCAACUCCUAAAAGUCAACAAUCGAAUCCUGCAUUGGCACGUACAAAACGUAAAAAUUUUUCCCUGACACAUGCAGCACAAACAUUUCUACAGGCAUCGAAUACUCAAAAUGAACAGUUAGAACCACUAGCACGCUCAUGUUCUUAUAAACGUCCUCAAUCAAUAAAAAAAUAUCGGCAGAAGAAGAAAGAAAAAGAUCAACAGCAAUAUUUUUCUGCACACAAAUCUAACACAAGCACUACAUCACAGAACAACCAGAGUUUCCAUCGAGUUACAUCCGAUUCCUUUCGCAAAUCUACAGCAACUCCAACAGGAAGAGUUUCUAUUGCCGAUCUUAUGGCAAACGAUGAUACAUCAGACCAAUGGUCAAGUCCAAAUACCGAACGAGCAGCACGGAUUGGUUCAUUAACACUUGAUCAGUUAAAAUUACCAACUGACGGUGGUGAAGAAAUUUAUCUUGUACGACAAUUUCACACAACAUCAAAGGGAUUUGUUAAUCGAGGAGAUUCAUUUAAACGCUCAUUUAAACGUAGUGGUUCGACAAGUCGUCGUAGUUCAUGCCGAAUAAAUCCAAAUAUAACAUCAAAUGAUGGUGCAUCAUCACAAGAACAUGAUACUAAUCAUUCUCCGUCAUCUACGAAAGAUAUACAUACAAGUAUAAGUUCUCUAACAAAUAAUUCCUGCGGAGCAAAUCUCAAUGGAUUACUUGAUACUCAUUUUGUUGAUACUAAUCCUUCCCUAUCAUCGAUUCCUCUACCAGAUCAAAUUGAAAAUGAAGAAGAAGAAGAUGAUGAUGAUAAUCCACUCGUUGAACGUAUUCAAACGGAGGAUGGGCGUGUGCACGAUAUACAUGUUUAUCAGGUUUAUUUGCUUGGUAUGAGUGGAACUGGAAAGUGUUCGCUUAUAAGACAAUUUAAAACAACAGAGUAUCGUGGAAUAUAUGAUUAUUCGAGUUCAGUUGAAGAUGAUCCUGAUAAUACAGUAUCAAUAAUGUUAGAUGGCGUAGAAUCCCGUUUACAUAUUAUAAAUAUGGAUAUUGAUCAUCUCAAAUCUAGUGUAGCCGGCGAUGCUUAUGUUGUGGUUUAUUCCAUAACUGAUCGUCAUUCGUUUCAAACAGCAUUACAGUUUAUUAAAAGUAUCCGUGAUAAUGAAUUAGUCUAUAAUCAAUCUCCAAUAAAACGUCAUGUACCAAUUAUAUUAGUUGGUAAUAAAUCAGAUCUUGUGCGAAAACGUUCUGUAACGAAAGAAGCUGCACGUCAUGCUGCAUUUAAAAAUGAAUGUAAAUUUAUUGAAACAUCGGCUGCUAUAAAUGACAAAGUCGAUGAUUUACUAGCUGGUACAUUAAAACAAAUUCGUAUCAACGAACAAUUUCGAAACGAACAAAAACGUCGUUUAACAGUAGUCAAUGGGAGUGUUGACACGAAUGAUUCGGAAGCACCUAUAUUAGCGAAAUCAGCGCGUAGGAAACCGUCAGAAAUGUCUAGUAGACGUUCAAAAAAUGUUUUUAUUAAAUUUUUAAAUGUUUUUCGUAAAAAACCAUCAAGAUUACCAAUUGAUGUAGAAAAUUUAAAUACAGGUAUUGGAUAA